CAGCCGCUCUCCUCAUGUGCGCAGUCUCUGAGACUGACCUCACUCGGAUAGUCCGCAUUGUUUGCUUCAGAAGUGGGCGGCUGUUAUCAGGUUCCAGUGAUUUCACGAUGACAGAUGCGGUGAUGGGCACGAAAGGUGUCCAUGUGCAGUCUGGACCGUGUCUCGGUGCAGAGCUGACUGAUGAAGAGAAGGAGGUCAUCAACAGCGUCAUCGUCCGCGCCGAAAAAAUGGAGGCAAUGGAGCAAGAGAGGAUUGGACGUCUGGUGAAUCGUCUGGACAACAUGAAAAAAGCCGUUUGUGGGGACGGAGUGUCGCUCUGCCUUUUAUGUGGAGAGCAGCUGGGAGCCGGAGGGGACAGACCAGUGGUUUGUGAGGACUGUAAAAAGAACAUGUGCACCAAGUGUGGAGUGCAGGCGAACGCUCGGCCGCGGUCUGUGUGGCUCUGCAAGAUCUGCAGUGAGCAGAGAGAGGUAUGGAAGCGAUCUGGAGCCUGGUUCUUCAAAGGUCUCCCUAAGCAGUUCUUGCCCUCACCGAUGCCCAUUUCCAGAGCCAGAGAUCCCAGUCCUAAGAAGAGCCCUGCAGCUGCUCCAGCGGCUGUGCAAGCACCGGCGGCAGCUCCAGAGCCGACAGUGGAUCCACCGAUCACACGAAAACCACCUGUGGCUCCAAAACCUGCUCACCUUCAAUCUCGCAGUUACUCAGAGGAGGAUGGAGACGCGGGAAGCUCCCAGAAUACCCCAGUGCUGAUGAAGAAGACGGUGAACGUCCAAGCGGCCAGACCAGUCCCAUCAGGCACAUUCCAGCCGGCUGCUCAGGAGGCAGAGAGAGGAGCCUAUCAAUCCAUUAGCACUGCGUCUCAUGCGCAGGAGAGAGCCCAUCCCGCAGAGAGAGAGGAGCAGAAGCCUGCUGUCGACCCUCGAGCUGCUCCGCCUGCGGACGACGAGGAGGAGGCCAACAGCUAUGACUCAGAUGAAGCAACAACUCUGGGAUCACUGGAGUUCACUUUACUGUAUGACCAAGGGAACAACAGCCUCCACUGCAGCAUUAUUAGAGCGAAGGGUUUGAAGCCGAUGGAUUCGAAUGGACUGGCAGAUCCUUACGUUAAGCUUCAUCUGUUACCGGGUGCGAGCAAGUCAAAUAAAUUACGCACCAAGACCCUACGCAACACUCGCAACCCAACCUGGAAUGAGACGCUGGUGUACCACGGGCUGACAGACGACGACAUGCAGCGCAAGACCCUCAGAAUAUCGGUCUGUGAUGAAGACAAGUUUGGUCACAAUGAGUUCAUCGGAGAAACCAGAGCUGCGCUGAAAAAACUCAAGUUCAAUCAGAAGAAGAACUUUAACGUGUGUCUAGAGAGGGUUGUGCAGACAAAACGAUCAUCAACUGCAGGCGGAGCGCGAGGAAUCACUCUCUAUGAGGACGAGACUGGGAAGGAUGGAUCUGAGCUGGAAGAGAGAGGACGGAUCCUGAUAUCCCUCAUGUACAGCAGUCAGCUGAGUCGUCUCAUUGUAGGUGUUGUACGCUGUGUUCACUUAGCUGCAAUGGAUGCGAAUGGGUAUUCUGAUCCUUUUGUCAAAAUAUAUCUGAAACCUGAUAUGGGGAAGAAAGCGAAGAACAAGACGCAGACCAAGAAGAAGACACUCAACCCAGAGUUUAAUGAGGAAUUCAGCUAUGAAAUUAAGCAUGCAGAGCUGGCCAAAAAGACUCUUGACAUCUCAGUAUGGGACUAUGACAUAGGCAAAUGCAAUGACUAUAUAGGAGGCUGUCAGCUGGGUAUCACUGCCAAAGGUGAGCGUUUGAAGCACUGGUACGAAUGCCUCAAGAACAAAGACAAGAAGAUCGAGCGCUGGCAUACUCUGCUCAACGAUAAUCCCAUCUCCAGCGAUUAGGCUCUCAAAGCAUUCUGCAUGCCCUUAAGUUGUACUCGGCCCAUUUUGCAACUCCAUUCCCCUCCACUAUCUGCACAUCUUGGGCUAUACCGACCUUGCUCUUGUCUGGUUCACACAUGAUAUGCUUUCAAGA